GGCACUAGUCCACCAGCUAAAGACAGAUCCAGUAGCCAGCCGAAGACCGUCAAUGGCGAAUCCGACCAUUGUGCUACUGCCGGUCUGGGGCGCCGGCCACUUCAUGCCCAUGCUACAGGCCGGGAAGCAGCUGCUUGCCAGCAGCAGCCGGCCCCUGUCGCUCACGGUGCUCCUCAUGCUGGCGCCGACAGCGCAGUCUGCGUCCGACAUCUCCGAGCACAUACACCGGGAGGAAGCGGCAAGCGCCUUGGACAUCCACUUCCACCAUCUCCCGGACGUGAAGCUGCCGACGGACCACUCGGGCGUCGAGGAGUUCCUCUCCCGCGCAGUGCAGCUCCACGUGCCCCAUCUCCGCGCAGCUAUAAUUGGCUUGACCUGUCCGGUGGCCGCGCUCGUCGUCGACAUAUUCUGCAUGCCGGCGCUAGACGUGUCCCGUGAGCUCGCCGUGCCGGCGUACGUGUAUUUUACCUCCAGCGCUGCGAUGCUGUCGCUCCUCUUGCGCUCGCCCGCUCUGGAUGACGAGGUGGUCGUUGAGUUCAAGGAGAUGGAAGGCACUCUGGACUUGCCCGGCCUCCCCCCGGUGCCGCCGUCCGUCCUCCCGGGGACCUUGCUGGAGUGGAAGAGUCCGACCUACAAGUGGUUCGUGUACACCGGCAGGCGCUACGUGGAAGCCAGCGGUAUCAUCGUAAACAUGGUAGUCGAGCUGGAGCCGCGCGUCCUUGCAGCUAUCGCUGAAGGUCGGUGCACACGUGGAGCCCGCGCCCCGACCGUGUACCCGAUCGGUCCAGUGCUCGCGCUGAGGCCACCCGCUCAUGCCGAGGAGCAGCCGCACGAGUGCCUGCGGUGGCUCGACGCGCAGCCUUCGGCCUCCGUGUUGUUCCUCUGCUUCGGGAGCAAAGGAUUCCUGACCAAGCCGCAGGCGCACGAGAUAGCACGGGGCAUGGAGCGCAGCGGCCACCGCUUCUUGUGGGUGCUCCGUGGGCUGCCGGCGGACAUCUCGCGCGGCGCGGGAGACCCCAGCGACGCGAACCUCGCAGAGCUUCUCCCGGGAGGGUUCUUGGGAGAGACAAAGAAAAGAGGGCUCGUGUGGCCCAAGAGGGCGCCGCAGAAGGAGAUACUGGCGCACGCCUCCGUUGGGGGCUUCGUCACCCACUGCGGCUGGAACUCCAUUCUGGAGAGUCUGUGGUUCGGCGUGCCGAUGCUGCCAUGGCCGCUGCGCGCGGAGCAGCAUUUCAGCGCCUUCACGUUGGUCUACGACAUGGGCGUGGCCGUGCCGCUGAAGGUGGACAGGAAACGGGACAACUUCGUGGAGGCGGCGGAGCUGGAGCGAGCGGUGAGGUCCCUGAUGGGCGGUGGCGAGGAAGGGAGGAAGGCGAAGGAGAAGGCCAUGGAAAUGAUGGUGGUCUGCCGCAAGGCAAUGGACCAUGGUGGGUCCUCUUGCGCUUCGGUGAAGAGGUUGUCCGAGGAUCUGCUCGGAGGAGCGGUGGUGUUGCCCAACGUGUGAUGUUUCUUUUUCCUUUUUUGAGGGAAACAUG